AGAAAGGAAUGGGUCGCGUUCGAGCUGGGCUCGUAAGAGAUAAAUAAAGAGUGAUUCUCUCUGAGACCACACCGAACAGGGUGAAUUGGUUUUAGUUGGAAGGGAAAAAGGAAAAUAAUGGCGAUGGCUCUAGCGAGAAGAAGCAAGAAUCUCUACUCAUGUGGUGUUCUGCGGUAUUCUCUCUCGCUCACUUCCUUCUCUAGGGGUUUCGCCUCUGCUGGAUCUGAUGAAAACGACGUCGUUGUGAUUGGUGGCGGCCCCGGCGGCUAUGUGGCCGCCAUUAAAGCUGCCCAGCUUGGUCUCAAGACCACCUGUAUCGAGAAGCGCGGCACUCUCGGCGGUACCUGUCUCAACGUCGGUUGUAUUCCUUCCAAGGCCCUUCUUCAUUCCUCCCACAUGUACCAUGAAGCCAAGCAUUCAUUUGCCAGGCAUGGUGUGAAGUUCCCAUCUGUUGAGGUUGAUCUACCUGCCAUGAUGGGCCAGAAGGAUAAAGCUGUAGCUAAUCUUACUCGAGGUAUUGAAGGUCUAUUUAAGAAAAAUAAAGUGAACUACGUCAAAGGCUAUGGGAAAUUCAUCUCCCCAUCAGAAGUUUCUGUGGACACCGUUGAAGGUGGUAAUGCUGUUGUGAAGGGGAAAAAUAUAAUUAUUGCUACUGGUUCUGAUGUGAAGUCUCUACCUGGGAUCACCAUUGAUGAGAAGAGAAUUGUAUCGUCAACUGGAGCUUUAGCUUUGUCAGAAAUUCCUAAGAAACUUGUGGUUGUUGGGGCUGGAUACAUCGGCCUGGAGAUGGGUUCAGUUUGGGCACGACUUGGCUCAGAGGUCACGGUAGUUGAGUUUGCCCCAGACAUUGUUCCAAGCAUGGAUGGGGAAAUCCGCAAGCAAUUUCAGCGUGCUCUCGAGAAGCAAAAGAUGAAGUUCAUGCUCAAAACAAAGGUAGCAGGUGUUGACACAUCUGGAGAUCUUGUUAAAUUGACACUUGAACCAGCAGCUGGUGGUGAGCAGAGCACACUUGAAGCUGAUGUUGUUCUUGUCUCAGCUGGUAGAUCUCCAUUCACAGCUGGACUUGGGUUGGACAAGAUUGGAGUGGAAACUGAUAAGAUUGGACGAAUUUUAGUCAAUGAAAAAUUUUCUACAAAUGUUUCAGGUGUCUAUGCUAUUGGUGAUGUAAUUCCAGGUCCCAUGUUAGCUCACAAGGCAGAGGAGGAUGGGGUUGCAUGUGUAGAGAUGAUAGCAGGCAAGGCAGCCCAUGUGGACUAUGAUAUGGUCCCUGGGGUUGUCUAUACUCAUCCUGAGGUGGCUUCUGUUGGAAAGACUGAGGAGCAGGUGAAAGCACUUGGGGUGGAGUAUUGUGUUGGGAAGUUCCCAUUGUUGGCAAACAGCAGGGCAAAGGCCAUUGACGAUGCAGAAGGACUGGUCAAGAUCCUGGCUGAGAAGGAGACAGACAAAAUAUUGGGAGUCCACAUUUUUGGACCUAAUGCUGGAGAGCUUAUUCAUGAGGCAGUGUUGGCCUUGCACUAUGGAGCAUCAAGCGAGGACAUAGCUCGCACAUGCCAUGCACAUCCAACAAUGAGUGAAGCAUUGAAGGAAGCUGCAAUGGCUACUUAUGACAAGCCCAUUCACAUUUAGAAAAUCUGGGCAUUACUUUGUUAUUUUUGUUUUAAUUUUUCUUUCGAGAUUUUUGGAAUGUUGUGGCCAAAACCAUACCAUUUUCUUGUUUCUCCCUCAUCCAAGCUGCAGAAGGUGGUUGCCCUUCAAUUUUUAUCUCCAGUUAUAGACUGACUCUACGCUUUCUUAUGUGUUGCAAAUUCCUAAUAACAAUACGAAGGGUUGGUUGGACUCGGAUUUGGUGUAUGUAUAUGUUGGUCAUGGCAUGUGGGUGGGGUCAUAGUGAGUUUAUAUCUAUUUCUGCUA